ACAACGGUGCGAACUGCUAUACCAGACCUAUCCACCCUUACAGCUGCAAUCGCCUGUCGUAAUCCAAGUAACAUGGACCUCAGCUGGGUUUUUUUAACCCGAGACGCAGAGUUGGUCAUCCUAAUGUCUUACUCACAGAAAGCAGUGUUGCGGUUGGUGUCCUCACGUCUCCAUAAAGCUGUUCGUUAUGGCUUACUCUUAUCACGUUUGCUACUCAAUUUCCCAUUUAGCUUGAUUGUAGAAGAAACCCUUGCUGUGUUUAAUGCUACCGAUAUGAAACAUAUUAUUUGGGAAAACUUUGAAGACCUUGAGUACACAGACUAUGUCAUACCGUUUCCAGACGUUGGACGGCCGCAUGUGGACGAAGUGAAUCACAGGACUCUUAAAGCCUGUUCCGGUUUUCUUCAGCGUCGUGACCUGUGA